AUGGCAGAGUACAAUAAGCUUUCCCAAGUUACUUUUAACCCCAUGACCAGGGCUUGGCGUUUCAGAGUGCAACUACACAGGAUCUACCAUUACGCGAUUACCAAACUUGGGACUUACUAUAAGUAUAUCCUCGCAGAUGAAGAUAUAAGUGUUAUAUCAUCAUCUCUCAAGUGUGGAUACAAGAUGGAGAUGACCACUGGUGGGUAUUAUCCAAAUUUUAGAGGCCUUGAGAAGGAAGAGGGAAGAUGGGUGGAAAUCUUUGUGGUACAAGUUGAACGGACCUACCCAGGUUUCCAGCCAACUAGGUCUCCGUUCAGACUAAAUGCUACGCGCUGUACGCAAGUCCGCAUCAUCGAACCUCUGAACAGUCGUCUUUUCUUGGACUUCAAAAUCAUCCAUGAAAUCCCUCGCAUGCACUGGCGUGACCUCAAAUAUCCCAUAGAUACAAUGGGAGUGGUCUUCAACACAGAAGCCUAUCUCGAUGCCCCUUCAGGACCAAGGAUGAAGUUUUACAUAAGAGACAACAUUGACCAUCAGAUAAAAUGUGUGGUGACCGGCAAUCGGGCCUAUGCCUUCCGGGAUGGUCUUGAUUACAUGAGUGGUGGGGGUCGUAGACAGGUGAUUGUGGCCCUUAAGAUGUGGAGAGUUUAUUUUGGUCCUCCUGAAAUAUGGCUUGAGACCGAAGGUGGAUUUGCGAAGUUCAGGUUCAAUCCGCGUUUUCCCGAGGUUGAGGAAUUCAAGCAGUCUCUACUAAACAGCGACCCUUAUGUUCAGAAAUAUGGGGUUGAAGGUCUCGUGUACAUGUUUAAUGUCGGAUUCAACUUUGUUUAA